UAAUAUUCAUGGCCGGCCAAAAGAAACUGCUCUCUGUUUCACUUCCAUGUCCAUUUCUGUUCCCUUUUCUGCUUCUUCUUUCUUCCUGCAGAACCAUUGAAGGUUCAGCCGUGGAAGCUGAGGCCCUCCUCCAAUGGAAACAAAGCCUCCCACAGCAACAAAUUCUGGACUCAUGGAUUCUUCCUUCGAAUUCAAACUCCUCUGCUUCAAACCCAUGUGAAUGGAAGGGAAUUAUAUGCAACAAUCAGGGCCUUGUGAUUGAAAUCAACAUGGCUUCUACUGGUUUGAGAGGUACUCUUGAUAAAUUGAACUUCUCUUCGUUUCCUAAUCUUCUUCGUCUUGAUCUCAAAAUCAACAAUCUCUCUGGUGCAAUCCCGCCCUCCAUUGGAGUGCUCUCAAAGCUCCAAUUUCUUGAUCUUUCCACUAAUAAACUCAACAGUACGCUGCCUCUUUCUCUGGCGAAUCUCACAGAGGUUUUUGAGCUCGAUGUGUCUCGUAAUUUCAUUACUGGGUCUUUGGAUCCUCGUCUUUUCCCAGAUGGGUCUGCCGAUUCAAGAACUGGGCUCUGGAGUUUGAGGAAUUUCUUGCUUCAGGAUACUCUGCUUCAAGGCAGAGUCCCUGAGGAGAUUGGAAAUGUCAAAUCUUUGACUUUGAUUGCUUUUGACAGGAGCAAAUUCUCUGGUCCAAUUCCUCAGUCUUUGGGGAAUUUGAGUAAUUUAAACGUUCUCCGUCUCAAUGACAAUUAUUUCUCUGGAGAAAUUCCUAAGGGUAUUGGAAACUUGAGGAACUUGACUGAUCUGCGUUUGUUCAUCAACAAUUUAUCCGGUGAAGUGCCUCAAAAUUUGGGAAAUGUGUCAUCUUUGAGAGUUGUUCAUCUUGCUGAGAACAAUUUUAGUGGUGAUUUACCUCCCCAAGUGUGUAAAGGAGGACAACUUGUUAAUUUUUCUGCUGCAUAUAAUAGUUUUACUGGUCCAAUUCCUACGAGUUUGAACAAUUGUCCUAGUUUGUUUCGUGUUCUGAUGCAAAAUAACAGUCUAACUGGAUCGCUGGAUCGAGAUUUCGGAGCAUACCCGAAUCUUAACUACAUCGACUUGAGCUAUAAUCGGAUUGAAGGAAACCUCUCCCCCAAGUGGGGAGAAUGCAAGAACUUGACCCUAUUGAGGAUCACUGGGAAUAAGGUUAGUGGUGAGAUUCCUGAAGAGAUUACAGGGUUGAAGAAUCUAGUAGAGCUUGAGCUCUCUUAUAAUAAUCUCUCUGGAUCGGUACCGGAAAGUAUCGGAAAUUUGUCGAGACUAUCGGUACUCGGACUUCGCAACAAUCGGCUUUCUGGAUCGAUUCCUAUAGGAAUAGGAAGCAUUGGCAAUCUAGCAAGUCUUGACCUCUCUUCCAAUGUGUUAGGUGGAUCAAUUCCUUCUGAAAUGGCUGAUUGCUCUAGGCUGCAAUAUUUAAGCUUGAGCAAGAACAAUCUUAAUGGCUCAAUCCCAUUUAGGAUUGGAAAUCUUGCUGCCUUGCAAAAAUUGCUAGAUUUGAGUUAUAAUUCACUUAGUGGAGAAAUUCCUUCCACUUUGGGGAAUUUGAAAAGUUUAGAGAAUUUGAACUUGUCUCAUAACAAGCUCUCUGGUUCUGUCCCCAAUUCUUUAGGCAGCAUGGUGAGUUUGGUUUCUAUUAAUCUUUCAUAUAACAAUCUAGAGGGCCCUCUUCCUGAUGAAGGCAUUUUUAAUAGGGCUGAGCCAGAUGCAUUUAGUAACAACGAAGGUUUAUGCGGUAACAUCGAAGGGUUGCCAAGAUGUAGCGACCACGAGACGGGGGACGAUGGAGGAAGUUCCAAGAAGAAGCUCGUAACUAUUCUUGUUCCUACUUUAGUAGGUGCAUUGUUGAUUUCUUUAGCACUCUUUGGAACUGUUUCGUACAUCCUACGAAAGAAAACCGAGCGAGUCUAUGGAGGUGAUAGGACAUCAGCAAAGGCGGAGGAGAAGGCGAUUCCGAACAUGUGGUACUUCUUCAAUGGUAAAGUUGUGUAUUCUGACAUAAUUGAAGCUACCAAGGAAUUCGAUGAUGAGUACUGCAUAGGGGAAGGAGGAUCAGGAAAGGUUUACAAAGCCGAGCUGCCCGAGGGUGCAGUAUUUGCAGUGAAGAAGCUACAUUCGAGGGAUGGCGAAAUGGGGAUGGAGAAUUCAAAGAAGUUUCAAGAUGAAGCAAGAGCUUUAGUAGAAACAAGACAUAGCAAUCUUGUUAGGCUCUUUGGAUUUUGUCGCAGAAAAGUUCAUACAUUUUUGGUUUAUGAUUACAUUGAAACAGGAAGCUUAGCACACAUACUGAGCAUUGGCAAAGAAGCAAUGGAGUUAGAUUGGCCAAAGAGGAUCCGGGCAGUGAGAGGUACAGCUCGGGCGUUAUCUUAUCUGCAUCACAAUUGUAAUCCUCCGAUCAUACAUCGAAACAUAACGAGCAAGAACGUCUUAUUGGACUCGAGAUUCGAAGCUCGUGUUUCGGAUUUCGGUACUGCAAGAUUUUUGAAGGCAGAUGCAUCUAAUUGGACAGCAGUUGCAGGCACAAGUGGCUACAUUGCUCCAGAGCUCGCAUACACCACGGUGGCGACCGAAAAAUGCGACGUCUACAGCUUUGGUGUUCUCGCACUCGAAGUUCUAGCGGGAAAGCAUCCGGGAGAUCUCAUCCUUACAUUACAUUCUUCAUCUGAAAACAACGACAUUGAUCUGAAAGAUAUUUUGGACUCUCGUCAGCCAUUUCCUCGAAUUCAAAAGACUGUCAAUGAUUUAUCUUUGAUAAUGAAUCUAGCGAUCUCGUGCGUGUGCAUGAAUCCUCGAUCACGACCGACAAUGUACGAGGUGAGUCGGUUGCUGGAAAUGCAGGCUGCAGUUGGUUAAGUCAUAAACUUCAUGCAGUGCAGAGUGUCCUUUGUAAAAACUAGAAUGUGUCAACGUAGAGUCUUGUACUCUAUAUCUCUAAAUUUUGCCGUGAAUGUUCUUGUGUUCCAACCUUCAACUUUGUGUACUUUUGAAAUUGGUGCUUUGAAAUUCAAUU